UCUCUCUCUGUGGAGCUCCCUCCCGUCACCCUCCAGUGCAUCCCGGUUGCUCCCUCGCCAGUGCUGACUGUGCUCCAGUUUGAGACAGGUAUCCAGGCGGGUGUGGGCUGUUUGGAAACAGGAAAGGUCAAGCGCAAGGCGUGCGUGCCACUUCUGCGACGUGCUUGUUUCUCGUGCGCGUAUGGGCUGCAAGUUCUCUUAAAUGGUUCUCCGCAAAGUUUGACUGGUGCCUGGAAGUGACUAUCGCCGAGUUUGUGCGAGCGAGAAAUCGAGAGGCUCUAAAGAUGUUCUGGCUGAGGCAGAAUGUGUUGCCACUCUUCGAAGACAGUCCACCGCGGGAGGGCAGCCCGGGUGCCGAAUCAUUUUGCUCCGCACUUUCCGAGGGAGCAGAGUCCUUCUACUCGGCACUCUCAGAUCAGAGGAGCACCCACAGUGUUUACUAUGACGCAGAAGCUUCGGAACUGGAAUCGUCAGAUUCAGACUCUAGGUAUGCAGAUGCGGAUGAAGAGUUUGCUCCGGAACAGGUUGUGGUGGUGCCCGACGACUCUGACACUACUGCUAGUGCCAGCGGAGUUGCCGACGACGACUUUGAAAGCUUCAGUUAUGGAAAGAUUUUUGAGGAUGUCUAUGGAUCGGUCAUACAUCGGCCACCUCCUGUCAAGUCUCAAAGGAAAGGUGAUGCUAGAGAAAAAGACUUUGGUAAUGAGCCUGCUGAAAAUCUGCCACAACGACGCUCAUUUCCACGUGGUGCAUAUAGAGCUCCGGCAACCGCGUGGAUGUCAAGUGAACUACCUGGACAACUUGGCUUCCUUCGGACCGAGCAGCCAUCUCCUUCUUUUGAACAGGAGGCGACUGAAAGAGGGAACACUGAAGUACUGUUGAUGUCUCUGUUGGAAGAAGUGGCAGACGAAUUUGCCGAGUUUAUCAUAGAUGAGGCCCUUCUCGAAGCACCCAAGAAAUAUGGCAACAGGUUAUGGUGGAAUGAGGCUAAUGACUCAGAAUGUGAAACUAUAAUUAAGGACGACAACACUGGAGUCAAGCUUCUUGGCAGUCGAAGGUGCCUAGAAGAAAGCCAAAAUGGGCAUUGGGAGACCUUCGAGCAUGGUUCCUUUGUGGGCGAAGAAGACCUUGAGAAAAUGUCAGUGGAAGAGCGGGACAUCCUGGAUGAAUUUGACAAGCACUUUGAGCCCUGCCUUGACUCUGAGGAAGAGCCAGACAGCCAUGCCUUCGAUGACGUGUCUGAGGAAGAGCUUGAAUCUUGGGGGGAGUCUGAGAGAGAAGAGAAGGGACUAUUGAACAAGAAUGCUCUUCUGGGGAAGUUCAAGAGGUUCCCACAAUCUGGUGAAAAGAAGGGAGCGCUCAACCGUGGGCACUCGCUGUCGGAUGGGUCGAGAGACGGCAGCACUCCCAAGUGCUUUCCAUUGCCUCCCGUCCCAGCCACAAGCUCAGCCGGUGAGUUGACAGGCAAUGAGUGGCGACGACACAGUGCUGACAUAGUGGACGAAACCUCUCGGAGCGGCAAAUGCAUGCUAAAUGGGAGGGCUGUAGCUCUGGAUCAUGAGCUUAGUGCUUCUUCGUCAGUCCUUUCUUUGAAGAGUUUGACUCAUGGAGAGAGUGUCCCAAAUGGUACAGCAGUGCCACCUUCUAUUAAUGGCAACGAAAGUAGAGCUUUUUACGCUGUUAGACCAGCUAUGCAGGCUAGGCGUGAGCCGUUAAAAACAAUUCAGCCCACACCUGCGCGACCUACACGUAAGCACUCUUACAGAAAACAAUGCACUGGUCCAGGCUUAAUGCUCGCUCCCUGCCCACAGACUUCGACGUGCGAGUCUCUAGUGCAUCCCUCCGAGCAUGAUCACUUAAACAGUAAUCUGGUUUGUGAGCAAGAACCUCAUUAUAUUGGCUUAGAAACAGCUCCAGCCCAAUUUGACCGUAUUGCAAGUGACCAUUGUGUAAUGGACAAACCCAAAGAGGCGAUAGAAGCCCCAAGACGUCGUAGAAAGGUGCAUGGUCGUACAACUUCCGAAAACACAGACUCUGCCUCGGACGCCCUUUGUUGGGGCAUUAAAACUCGGGAAACAGUUGUUUCUCCUUUUGGUGAUGCAGCAAGUAGAGAGUUACUGAGGGAAAAGCAAGAAGUUAUAGUGGAUGAUGGAGAACAGCGACAUUCAAUACAAGACCUGCAACCUGUUCCCACCAAACGUCACUCUCGAAGUAAGAAGUGGACAAAUGGGCAUGACACUACAGUUUGUCAUGCAGACUUGUCAAUAUCAAGCACGAAGGAGUCUAAUCUAGAGCGACCCAUUCCACCCAGACGGCACUCUCGGAGAAAUAUAUGGGAGAACAUGGAGGCUUUAGCAAGUCCCUGCCAAGGUUGGUCAGCCCCGGAUGAAAAGUGGUCAGAAGCACCGGACAAUGCUCGAAUAGUACACCUUCCGUUCUCUUUGUCAGAACUUACAGGGAGUCUGUUUGAUGACAACGUCCCCCUCGAUGUUGUGUCUCUUAAGGUUGUUGACAACUGCGAUUUUUUAAAGGACUCUGACGACAUGUCACCACCUUACGUGAUGAAACUCGACCCGGGAAAGGACUUGUCUGCUUUCCUCGUUGACCCCGAUUGUUCCGAAUGGAAUCGCUCUGAUGAUAUCGACUGUGCAACGCCAGAGGAUGUUUCGAGGCAUGCAUUGGAAGUUGAUGCAGGCCUCAGCUGCGCUUCAGCUGAUUGCGAAUCGCUGUCUAGUGCUGAGCAGUGGGACUCGGAAACUUGGAUUGGCUCACCUUUGGAGGGAGGUUUCCAGCAGCAGCAGCAGCAGCAAGAGCUGAAGGAUUUGUUUGAAGCGACCCCCCCACUCUCUCACACGGGAUCUUUUCAAGGAGCAGUAACUUGUGCCACUGAUGAGGGACGCCCAAGCUUGACUGUGCAGCCAGCAGACAACACGAACUUAUCGGGGGAGGCCUUAUCAGGGGAUGUCGCCCGUGGCAGCGGGGAGAUUCCUCCUCUCCACUCGACUUCCUGCCCCCCUUAUCAUGACAGUCUCCCCGCAAAUGGUGGAAGUGUUGCCCAGACGAACUCGGAUUGCUUUGACGUAUUUUCUGAGACUAGCAAUACGUGUGCAAGAGCCUUUUCAUCCGUUGCUGCUCUUCAACGAGACGUUAAGGAUAUGGCUCCGGAGCGGAUUGAUGGACAGGCUUAUCUAGAAACGAUAGAACUCGCAAGUCACGCCGAUUUGAAGAGAUACUUCUUAGAGGCAUAUGACGGAAGACCUGCCGAGGGGAAAAAAUCCAAUGUUCGAUGUCCCCAGUUAUGUGGCCCAACUGACCCUUUUGAACGUGAACAUCUGCAAAGGCAUGACUCCCAAGCUAGCAACGCCUCACAGAAGAAAAAGUUGGUGUAUCCUCGAACGAAUGACUCUGGGAAAGACGCAAGUUGCUCAGACUCUGUACAGAAAAAAUGCGAGCUGAAAGAACGGAGCUGCUCGCCGCAGGAGCCACAGACUUGGUUGCCCCUUGGCCACUCGGCUAAUUGCCUUCAAGACCUUGUGGGCAGAGAAAGGGGCAUUCAGGGCCACCACAACUCGUGCUACCUGGAUGCCACGCUGUUUGCCAUGUUUUCGUGCACAGACGUCUUCGACAGCAUGAUCCACCGUCCAAAGAGAGUGAGCGACAUUGACGAGUACAGCGACAUCCAGAAGGUGCUCAGGGAUGACAUCGUGAACGAGCUUCGCAGAAAAAAAUUUGUGUCCCACGAAAAGGUGAUGAAGCUGCGCGAGCUUUUGGACGCUCAGGGAGGUGUGUCGGGCCUGACUACCGAGGAAAAAGACCCAGAAGAAUUUCUCAACUCUUUAUUUAGGGCUUUGGGCGUAGAGCCUUACCUGAAACUCAGUUCUGGUCAAGGCACACACUUGUACCAGCUGUUUGUGGAAAAGCACGAGCUUCUUGACGAGCCCAACAUUCCCACUGUGCAGCAGUUGUUUCAUCACUCUAUCCACGACUCUAACAUCAAGCUAAACGAGAUCCCGUCGGCCCUAAUCAUCCAGAUGCCUCGGUUUGGAAAGCAGUUCAAGGUGUACCCUCGCAUUAUUCCCAGCCUGACGUUGGAUAUCACCGAUGCCUUGAAGGACUCUCCCCGGUCUUGCUUUGUGUGCGGGAGGCUGGCCUGUAAGGAGUGCAGGGACUGCUUCCGACCCGAUGUCGGUCUGGAGGGUACAAGCUACUGUUCCACUUGCAGCGAAGCGGUCCACAAGCACCCUGACCGCGUACAGCACACGUUGAGCAACCUCAAGGUUGUUGAAGGCAUCGGCAAAGACAGUCCUGUCCAAAGGCAUUACAUGGAUCUCUGUGCCGUCGUCUGCAUCGAGACCAGUCAUUACGUCUGUUUCGUCAAGUGUGGUCAGGACCCCGACAGCACCUGGGUCUUCUUCGACAGCAUGGCCGACCGAGAAGGUGCAGAGGAUGGACACAACAUCCCCGAGGUGGUAGUGUUCCACGACCAUGCCCUGUGGCUGGGCAACACUACACCGUCCACUCUGCAGACAGCUUUGGACAGCAAGAAUCUUGGCAACAUGAGUCGCCGGCUUGUUUGUGAUGCCUACAUGUGCAUGUACAAAAGCAACAUGGCUGCCAAAUACAGCUGAAGCUCUGCUGAAUCGAGUCUGCAUUCUGGGGCUGCCUAUACUUAUGAGAUGUCGUCGUUAUUAUCAUUCUAUGAUUAAUAAUAUUAAAAGGUUUAAAGUCUGUA